GAGUUAUUUACAGAGGGCCUGGAGGGAGGAAAUGAAACCACACCUCAGCAGAGAUAGAGAUGGUUGGUGGAGACAUCUGGGAUCCUUGGGGAGAGGGACUGGGAAUGCUGCCAGCACUUCAGCCUGCCUAACUGAAAUCUUCGUAGGAUGCUGGCAGAGAUAGAUGGAGGGGCUGGAAGCCCCUGUGGGGCUGGCUCUGACACAGACCCAGGCCACACACUGGUGGCUGCUGGAUUUUCUUUCGGCAAGCGAAAAUAACAGAGGCUCCCAGCCGUGGAACGGGCCCGUGGGGGACCUCGCAGCUGCCUCGCCGGAGAAACCGAAACUGCCUGGAUUUGAGGAACCCGAAACUCCCGUGCCGAUGAGUGAACUUCCUGCAGGGGGGCCGAGCCCUCAGCGAGGCUCGGAGGUGGGGCUGUGCCAUCCCUGCGCCGGGACCAGCUCACACGGCAGCACAGCCGCACCGCGGGCGCUCCAGGUGUAAGAUCCUCUGACCUGUAGCAAUGGGGAGACCCAGGAAGGAGUCUGCUGGCACAUCAUCCCCCCGACCAGCCACUACUGCCUCCAAAACUGCUCCCGCUGCGCCCCCGCCUUCCACUUCAGCCACCCGGGCCAAGGCCACCGCUGCAGGGAGCCAAUCCCGAAGCACUUCGGCUGCCAAGGCUGCCACCCCCACGCAGGGGCGGGGGACAAAAGCAGACUCUGCUCAACCGAGAUCCACAGCAUCCCGCGGGGCCCGAGGAGAUGCUGGGGACAAGAGCAGAGCACCCAGCAGGAGUUCUACAACCCAGAAGGCACUUGAUGCCAAGGGAGCCGCUGGUCCUGCCAGAACUGACCUGUACCCACAGAAGAAGCAGCCUGGGGCUGACCCGAGCAAGGCCUGUGACCGGUUCCUGCCCCCUCUAAAGAACAAGGACAUCCCGAGGGUGGAGGAGGAGACGCGGGGCCAGCGGGAGAACCCCAAGUGGUACGAGUGGCGGGAGAACCGCAUCACUGCCUCCGUGGCUCCCAAAAUUGCCAACAGCAGGUUUGCCAACAGCAAGACAGAUGAGGUGCCCAAGUCCUACCUAAAAGAGGUGGUGGGCUCUGGCUCCAAGGUGCAGACCCCAGCCAUGUCCUGGGGGAUCCGCAAUGAGAAGGUGGCUGUGGAGGCCUACAAGCAGAAGUUACAGAAGGGGGGCAAGCCAGUGCAAGUGGAAGACUGUGGCCUCUUCAUUCACCCAGAGAAGAAUUGGCUUGCUGCCAGCCCAGAUGGGAUCAUCAAGGAUCCAGCCACAGGGAAGGACCUGGGGCUGCUGGAGGUGAAGUGUCCCUACAAGCACAGGAACAGGACAGUGCGUGAGGCCUGCAAGGACAAGGACUUCUGCCUGGAGGUGGAUGGGGAUUCCUAUGCCUUGAAGAAGAAUCAUCCCUACUUUACCCAGGUCCAGUGCCAACUGGGAACCACUGGCUUGCAGCGGGCCGACUUCGUGGUGCACACCAACAAGGAGACAGCUGUGGUCCCCGUGGAGUUUGACAGGGAGUUCUGGAGGAAGACUGUGCCCAAGCUGGAGAAGUUUUACACGGAGGCAGUGAUUCCCCACCUGGAGCAGCAGGCAGGCAGCUCUGUCUACGCCAAGGAGGAAUAGACCACUGCCUGCCUACCUCGACUGGAUACUUGUUUGGCUGCAUAACUCCGGCUUUGUUCCCUUGCAUAGAAGUUAGACCCAGGUUAGUUGCUGUUCCUGAACUGAACUGAUUGCCUUAGAACUGAAAAGCUGUACCAGCAGGAUCCUGCUAAGGGUCCCCAAAACAAGUGCCUUCUUGCUGCCUCAGCCAGGUCAGCAGUCAGACCCCAGAGCCUUCUUGUCCUGUCACCCUCACUGCAUCCCCCACCUGUCCCAACAGCAUGCCUGAUGGAAGCUGGCACACAUCUGGAUCUGUAAAUGAAACCAAUGACAUUUCUGUGUUGGAAUUAGAGGCUUAUUUUGUGAAGAAAACUGGAACCUUUGGCAGCUCAGUUGCUGUCGGGACUAAUUUCUAACUGCACUCCAGAGUGGAGACAGAGACAAGGAAGGUUUGUCAGAGCCCAAGAGCAAAACUCUUCUUUUGAGGCAGUGAUGCGCCUUAAGCAUCAGAGCAAAGGCACAUGGACACCCUUCCUUCCUGAGCCAACCUGUUGAUUCUGUGGAAUAACCCAUGACAUUCCCCAUCAGAUGGCAGCAGGCUCUGGAACAUGAUUCCCACUGAAGAGGUUGUCCCCCAGGCCAUGCACCUCCUGAGGACCUACCCAUGGAGCAUCCCUGUAAACUGCAGCAGUGUGGGGAGGUGGUCAUUGCCAAAUUAAAUAUAAAUGCACUGGU